AUGCCAACUGAUCUCGACGGCGACUCGCAAAUGGCCUCAUCUCCCGAAUCCUCCGUCGGCUCUCCAGCCGGAUCCCGCACCCCUACCAACAACGCCGACCUCGACGACCCCCAUUCUGACUUCGCCGGGGCCACGGAGCUCUCCCCGCCGGGCUCGCAAACACAGAACUUCCCCGAUGUCACGGAAAUGGUGGGACUUGAGGGCAACGGGCCUGCGGGAGGCUCGUCGGCACAGAUCUCUGCGCAGCCGCAGCCGCAGCAGCAGCAGCAGCAGCCCGGGGCAAUGUGGAUGAACAAGCGGGCGGAGGAGGAGUACCAGCGAGCGCUGGAGUAUGUUGUGGACAAGGAUUUUAAUCUGGAUGAGUUCGGGGAUCCCUUUGAUGAGAGGGAUAUGGACGAAGACACGUUCUAG